AUGGAUCAUCGGAGCUUCACAAGAGAACCAAGCGAUGGAUCAUCGGAGCUUCAUGAUAGAACCAAGCGAUGGAUCAUCGGAGCUUCACUAGAGAACCAAGCGAUGGAUCAUCGGAGCUUCACAAGAGAACCAAGCGAUGGAUCAUCGGAGCUUCACAAGAGAACCAAGCGAUGGAUCAUCGGAGCUUCACUAGAGAACCAAGCGAUGGAUCAUCGGAGCUUCAUAGAGAACCAAGCGAUGGAUCAUCGGAGCUUCACAAGAGAACCAAGCGAUGGAUCAUCGGAGCUUCACAAGAGAACCAAGCGAUGGAUCAUCGGAGCUUCACAAGAGAACCAAGCGAUGGAUCAUCGGAGCUUCACAAGAGAAGACACUCCCGAGUCUCGAACAAACACAGCAACAAUCAGCAUUACGCGAGUGAGAGUACCAGCGACGGUUGAGGCUGGAGGACAGGGAGAAUUGGACUGCUCGUGGCAAGAGGAGAGUGAUAAGAUGUACUCUAUCAAGUGGUACCAGGGAGCACACGAGUUCUACCGUUACACACCCACCUCCAAAGAUCCAGUCCAGAUCUUCGACCCUCCCACUCUUGACGUUGAUAACCUCUCGGGAAAGCAUGUCGGUGGUUUUGCUCACGUUCAAUGCUACAACCCUGAAAUUUGUAUGCCCAGGGAAGCAAAAUGUUGUGCUGAUGCCCCCGUCGAGGAUAUAGCAUUCGUGAGUGUCGACUUACCUGACGGGAGACCGGUGAUCAAGGGAGUGAAAAGCCAGUACCUGCCCGUUGAUUGGGUCGAUCUCACCUGUGUCUCGCGAAGAUCCAAACCUCCUGCUCAACUCUCAUUUUUAAUAAACACCCAACCGGUGUCGACGGGAUGGUUGGAACCACAGGUCAACCAGAUGGGCCACGAUGGCCUAACCACCUCCUCCCUGCGUCUGAGGUUCUCCCUUCAGCCUCGCCUCCUUCAGGAAGGUGACGCCAAGGUGCUAUGCAUCUCCAGAAUCCCCGGUAUAUACCAACAGGAAGCUGAAGGAGUCCUCACCACCCGUUCCCCUUACCACGCCUCCGUGCUAGGGGGCGGUGCUCCCCCUGGAACGAGAGGAUGGCUGGGCGUCCCUGUAGCUCAAUGCAUCUCAAUACACUACGUGUUCCAUUGGUUACUUCCGUAUUUUUGAAUGGUCAUCUACGUUUUUGAGUCGUCAUCCAUUGUUUUCAGGAGUCAUUCGUAUUUUUGAGGUUUCAUCCACAUUUCUGAGUCAUCACCCAGUACUAAGUUCUCAUCCACAUUUUUAAGUCUCCAUCCAUAUUAUUUAAUAGUCACCCGCAGUUUUGAGUCAUCACCCACAAUUUCAAAGUGCUCAUUAUCACUUUUGAGUUUCUCUCCGUAUCUGAAUAAUUCCUUAAUCAUCCAUCUUUUCCUUCCAUCAAUUACGCUAAAAAUAAUAAAUAAAAAAUAUAUAUUAAAGCUAAUAAACAAGAUACAGACAAAAUGAUAAACAUGAUUACUACAUCAAAAAUAAUUUAACGAAUUGACUGGAGUCAGGUCGCCGUUCCUCUUUCAUACAUUUUUAAAGCAAGUCAAAUCUUUUUUAUCCUCAGAAUCGGAAACCCUCGGAGCCAAAUCAAGUCAUGUCAGUCCAAUUCCUCUCUUUCACCUUUGGAACCGGAUCCCUUUGAGUUAAGCCAUGUCAAGUUCGCCCUUGCUUCUGGUAUGUCUUCUAUAUUCACUUACACUUUUUCCCUUAGUUACCCUCACAACUAUUCUCAUGUUAGAGUUGGACUUUGUGGAAUGACAAGUCUAAUGAAUCCGUUUGUGAGUGCUGACAGUCUGUACUAAGCGAUUACUGUUAGUAGUAGUAGUAUUGUUAUUAGCAGAAAUAGUAGUAGCAGCAAUCUAGUUACAGCAGUGGUAGUUAAUAACAGCAGUACCAGUGGUGGUUAAUAAUAGCGGUACCAGUGGUGGUGGUGGUAGUAGUAGUAAAUAUAGUUAUGGUCUACUCACCUAUUUGCGGUUGCAAAAUCCAGUCAGUUUCUUGAGAUAUGUGUUUAUGAGAGUCGAGAUCCAGCUCCUGGGCCCGCCUCAUAAUUUCCACUGCCCUCAAGCUGUGUUUCAACAUGUGUCCCUAAUUUUGGAUCGACACACGUCUUGAUCUUUUUCUUUUGUUUGGCGUGUUUUGUUUAUGCUGUCCUUACCCCUGGGUAUCGUGUACGUCGUGAAUAUCUCCUCCGCAUCUUCGCUCAUCUGAUAUCUAGUGUUUCCUGCGUCGAGCUGACUGCAAGGUUGCUCUUUAGAGCUGAACUCCAGCAUAAGCUUGGGCAAGUUUCUUGUUAUGGCGCACGCUAGAAUAACUGUAACACGUACAGCUCAAGACAAUAUCUAAUCUCUCUCUCUCUCUCUCUCUCUCUCUCUCUCUCUCUCUCUCUCUCUCUCUCCUUAAAUUAUUCUUUCUCUUAGCCAGUAAUAAAUCUAUUUCCUCUCACACUCGUGUAUAAUAUACCGGAGUUCGCCUUUAAGCCAGAGUCCAUUAUAAGAUGAUUAUAUACAGCAGAAUGUGUAACAUUAUAUACAUCGAGUUAUACACCAAGUAACUACCUCCACACCAGAUGUGUAUAAUUCCCUGUAUAUACUGACAAUUUAUUUUAAUCCCAGUUAUAGAGAUUAAAGUAUAAGUGGUCAUAAAUCUCUAGCUAGGGACCUGAAAUCCCUAACUAAAGGCUAGAAAUUCCUUAUCAAGAUCCAGAAAUCCCCAAUUAUAGGCCAGAAAUCCCUAAAAGACGACAAAAUUCCAUUACAAAGUCCAAAAUUCCUCGGAAUCAGUAGGUAGAAAUUUUCAGGAAAUCAAAAACUAAAAUUUUUUGAAUUGGAGACUAGAAAUCCUUGUAAUAAGAGGCAAGAUGGAGUUAUUUUUAUAUAGCCGGACUUGAGUCCUGGAAAUGGGAAGUACAAUGUUGCCUGCACUCUAAAGGAGGGGUUUGGGAUAUUGGCAGUUUGGAGGGAUAUGUUGUGUAUCUUUAUAGGUAUAUACUUCUAAACUGUUGUAUUCUGAGCACCUCUGCAAAAACAGUGAGUAUGUGUGAGGUGAAAGUGUUGAAUGAUGAACGUAUUUUCUUUUUGGGGAUUUUCUUUCUUUUUGGGUCACCCUGCCUCGAUGGGAGACU